UGCCUGGCUCCUCUUUUGCGCGGCGAAAAGCCCACUUGGGAUCCGAGCGGGCGGCCACGUCACACUCGCAGGCUCCGCACGCCCGCCGCUGCCCGCCUAUACCACCUGCAGCUGGCAGCGCCGCCUCCUCGCGGGUCCCUCAGGGCGCGCUACAGGUGCGCAGGGCGUCCCGAAGCCCCGCCCUCGCGUCCCUGCCCCUCGCUCGGCGCCCGCGCCUAACGCUCGGCGCCUCACCCCCAGUUCCCGCGCCCCGCAACGGCGGCGCAGGACGCACGGCCUCAGCCUGAGCCCGGGAAGCGCUCGGGCGAAGAGGAGGAGCCAAGGGUACCCAGAGGGUGGAGCCGGGAGCCGGAGAGCUGUGGAGGCGGAUUUCCUGGACCGGGCCUCCUGGCGAUACCAUGGCGUUUGGCAAGAGUCACCGGGAUCCCUACGCGACCUCAGUGGGCCACCUCAUAGAAAAGGCUACAUUUGCUGGAGUUCAGACUGAAGAUUGGGGCCAGUUCAUGAACAUCUGUGACAUAAUUAACACCACGCAGGAUGGGCCAAAAGAUGCAGUGAAAGCUUUGAAGAAAAGGAUUUCCAAAAACUACAAUCAUAAAGAAAUUCAACUUACCUUGUCACUUAUUGACAUGUGCGUGCAGAACUGUGGUCCAAGUUUCCAGUCUCUGAUUGUGAAGAAGGAAUUUGUUAAAGAGAAUUUAGUUAAGCUGCUGAAUCCCAGAUACAACUUGCCAUUAGACAUUCAGAAUAGAAUCUUGAAUUUCAUUAAGACUUGGUCACAGGGUUUUCCAGGAGGUGUGGAUGUAAGCGAAGUGAAAGAAGUAUACCUUGACCUGCUUAAAAAAGGUGUUCAGUUUCCUCCCUCAGAAGUAGAGGCUGAAACAGCAAGACAGGAGACUGCUCAACUGUCAUCAAAUCCACCAACAUCUGUCCCUACUGCACCAGCUCUUUCUUCUGUAAUUGCUCCGAAGAACUCGACUAUUACAUUGGUCCCAGAACAGAUUGGAAAAUUGCACAGUGAAUUGGAUAUGGUAAAAAUGAAUGUGCGAGUGAUGUCUGCCAUAUUGAUGGAGAAUACUCCUGGGUCUGAAAACCAUGAAGACAUAGAGCUUCUGCAGAAACUCUAUAAAACAGGUCGGGAGAUACAGGAGAGGAUCAUGGACCUGCUAGUGGUGGUGGAGAAUGAAGAUGUAACUGUUGAGCUAAUUCAGGUGAAUGAGGAUUUGAAUAAUGCCAUCCUUGGAUGUGAACGGUUUACUAGAAACCAACAAAGGAUUUUGGAGCAAAAUAAGAACCAGAAGGAAGCCACCAAUACUACAAGUGAGCCUUCUGCCCCAUCUCAAGAUCUCCUUGACCUAAGUCCCAGUCCCCGGAUGUCUAGGGCCACUCUGGGAGAACUCAACACCAUGAAUGACCAACUUUCAGACUUAAAUUUCAGCUCUCCAAGUUCUGGUGUAACAAACAACUUAAAACCCAGUCUUCAUCCACAGAUGGACUUGCUAGCCUUGGAAAAUACAGAAAUACCCUUGUUUCCCCAAAGGACCAGCCAAAACCUCACCUCAAGCCACACGUAUGAUAACUUUCUGGAACAUUCAAAUUCAGUGUUUCUACAGCCGGUUAGUCUACAAACCAUUGCAGCAGCACCGUCAAACCAGAGUCUGCCAUCUUUGCCCGGCAAUCAUCCAGAGCUAUUUAUGAAGAAAUUGACGCUCACCAGCACAAAGGAGCUCAGAAUCAUGUUGACUGAGACUGUGGCUCUCCAGCCUCCCGCUAGAGACAAGUACAAGAGUUAUCAAGAAAUGGGGAUAGAGAAGGACAGGAUGAAUACUGGACAUUUUCUUCUCUAUUCUAGAAGAAAGAGGACGAUCACCUCACUAGCCACAUCAAAGAUGCCAACUCUCUAAAGAGUAGACUGUGCAGCUUUGAGGCCUGGACAAUACCUACCUACCAACAUGUCAGAGCCAUGGUGGAACAUUUCUGCUAUAAUGAAGCUUAAACAGAAGACUAACAGUUCCAGGAUAACAGUGAUUCCUGACAACAGCGUGAGAUUUCAACAGAACUUGUUUGGAACAAAUACUCAACUUAAAACUUUAGCAGAAAAAAAAUUACUUAGUCCUUAGGCAACCAAUUUAACUGCAGUGUCAUAUGUUUCACAGGCCUUCCUACAUUUACAAAUCAUCACACAGCUGUGGAUAAGAGAUUAUCUUACUAUAAAAUAAUUCUGAAUAGAUGAAAGCAUAAAAUGUGAGAAACUGAAUGUAUUAUUCUGGAAGCAUAAAUACUGAGUGCCUUCAUUUAACUAAAGUUGAAUGUAAAAGUCAAUUUGCACUUCUUUAUAAAUAAUCCUCUGGUUUAGAAUUAUAAAUUGUUAAAGCCUUGAUGAUUGUCAUUUAAUUAUAUUUUAGGUGUCCUGAACAGGUCACUAGACUCUGCAUUGGAUGGGUUUUUUGAUUCUUUGUAAUGCUAAAUAGUCUUUUCUCUCUUUUUACUAUAACUUAACAUUUCUAUUUGGAACACAGACAACUGGAAAAUAUUCAGAAUAAGUAUUACAUUUGAUGAAAAAUAAAAUAAUUUAAUACA